CCCAGGCAUCCAGGACGGUGACUGAGCGAGACCAAGGAUGGGACGGCGCCCGCAGCUCCGGCUCGUCAAGGCCCUCCUCCUCCUGGGGCUGAACCCUGUCUCUGCCUCCCUCCAGGACCAGCACUGCGAGAGCCUGUCCCUGGCUGCCAACAUCUCCGGACUGCAGUGCAAUGCAUCUGUGGAUCUCAUUGGCACCUGCUGGCCCCGGAGCCCUGCAGGGCAGUUGGUGGCUCGUCCCUGCCCUGCCUAUUUCUACGGUGUCCGCUACAACACCACAAACAAUGGCUACCGUGAGUGCCUGGUCAAUGGCAGCUGGGCCACCCGCGUGAACUACUCAGAGUGUCAGGAGAUUCUCAACGAGGAGAAGAAGAGCAAGGUGCACUACCAUGUCGCUGUCGUCAUCAACUACCUGGGCCACUGCAUCUCCCUGGUGGCCCUCCUGGUGGCUUUUGUCCUCUUUCUGCGGCUCAGGAGCAUCUGGUGCCUGAGAAACAUCAUCCACUGGAACCUCAUCUCAGCCUUCAUCCUACGCAAUGCCAUGUGGUUCGUGGUCCAGUUCACCAUGAGCCCUGAAGUCCACCAGAGCAACGUGGGAUGGUGCAGGUUGGUGACAGCUGCCUACAACUACUUCCACGUGACCAACUUCUUCUGGAUGUUCGGUGAGGGCUGCUACCUGCACACGGCCAUCGUCCUCACCUACUCCACCAGCCGGCUGCACAAGUGGAUGUUCAUCUGCAUCGGCUGGGGCGUGCCUUUCCCCAUCAUCGUGGCCUGGGCCAUUGGGAAGCUGUACUACGACAAUGAGAAGUGCUGGUUUGGCAAAAGGCCUGGGGUGUACACCGACUACAUCUACCAGGGCCCCAUGAUCUUGGUCUUGCUGAUCAAUUUUAUCUUCCUUUUCAAUAUCGUCCGCAUCCUCAUGACCAAACUCCGGGCAUCCACCACAUCUGAGACCAUUCAGUACAGGAAGGCGGUGAAGGCCACUCUGGUGCUGCUCCCCCUCCUGGGCAUCACAUACAUGCUGUUCUUCGUGAACCCCGGGGAGGAUGAGGUCUCCCGGGUCGUCUUCAUCUACUUCAACUCCUUCCUGGAGUCCUUCCAGGGCUUCUUCGUGUCUGUGUUCUACUGUUUCCUCAACAGUGAGGUCCGCUCGGCAAUCCGGAAAAGAUGGCACCGAUGGCAGGACACGCACUCGAUCCGUGCUCGGGUGGCCCGUGCCAUGUCCAUUCCCACCUCCCCUACCCGGGUCAGCUUCCACAGCAUCAAGCAGAGCUCGGCCGUCUGAGCUGGAAGGCCUGGAGCAGUUCUCAAGACUGUGUUUGGGGAAGAUGAUCACCAGGCUCAGCUGGCUACCCUGUCUGCUUUCUCCACCUUCACCGCCAGGCGCAGCUAGCAAUGAGAGCCAGGGGGGCUCCCUUCCUGCACCCCU